UUAGCUCGGGUGUGAGAUUGGUACCUUCACACCAUGGGGCUUCCACUCAAGGUUGUCAUCUUUGGGCUCUCAAUAGUCAUAGGUGCCAGUUCUUUUAGUGGAUUUAGUGGUGAAAUUGGGAGUGGGUCUGGUGGUAGUGGUUUUGACAGUGGAUCUGGUGAAUAUGGUGUCAAUCCCACUGCACCACCUACAAUCUCACCUGAUGACAUGCCUGAUGUGCCAUCAGAUGUGGAUGAAUGCAGUGUAUUUGGAACUGGAUCCAUUAAAACAUUCAACAGCACCCUUUACUACUUGCAAUCAACCUGCACCUUUGUCUUAAGCCGUUUUGACUCUGCCUCAAGCAAUGCUGAAUUUGAUAUUAUAAUCAAGCGAGACAUGAAUGGCACAUUUACUAAAAUUCAAGUUACUAUAGACAAAACUGAGACAGUUAUUGAAAAUGGCAACAUAAUGGUUGAUGGGGAAAGAGUUUCUCUUCCUUAUGACCACAAAUCCAUCCAUGUCAACAAUUUUGGAAUUUAUAAAAGAAUUGAGAGCAGAAGGGGAUUUUUGUCAGUGUUUUGGGAUACUAAUGAUGAUGAAGUAGAUAAAGUCUGGGUGCAACUUCGUAAAGACUACCGUGGAAAAACAGCUGGACUUUGUGGAAAAUACGGUGUUGAUGACAGUGACCUACAGCAGCUAAUAGAGGACAACAAAAUUGCUACAGAGGAAAGCUGUGAAACUGAAACUUCUGAAUCUAACUGUGAUGAAACCACUACGAUGUGCCAGAAUGCUAUUUCGUACAACUUUUUCCCCUGUCUGCCUUAUGACUUAAUCUGGCCAUACAUGGAACUCUGUGGACAAGACACAUGUCACUGUGCAAAUCCAGCCAAGUGUGCAUGUGCCAUUUUUGAGGAGAUAGUCAGGCAGUGUCCAAGUGAUGGUAUUGCAACACUUUCACCAACAUGGAGAGAUUCUCAGCAUUGUGAUGAACCUUCCUGCCCUGGUAACAUGAUUUACAGUGAGGCUGGUCCAGCUGUCCCCAAGACAUGCUCCAAUCCAACAUUUUCUGAUGACUCACAAAUAAGCACUUGUCAAUGUCCAUAUGGCACAGUCCUUGAUGAUCUUAGUGGAAAAAAUAAAUGUGUGAUGAAGAAACAGUGCCCGUGUGCAUUUGAUGGUAAUAUCUAUGAAUCUGGUGAAGUACGUGAAUCACUUUGCCAAUCAUGCGUUUGUAAGGGUGGUCAAUGGGACUGUGAAAAUAAUGACUGCGUGUCUCGAUGCACGAUUGAAGGCGGGUCAGCUAUUAAAACAUUUGAUGGCAAAACCUACUCAGUAUACAGAAACUGCAAGUAUAUCACAGCAGUGGGUGAAGAUUGGACUGUCUCAAUUACUUUGAGAAAAUGUAAGAAUGGAAUAUGCUUGACCCAGGUGGAACUGUCCCUACAAUCAGAAAUCUUCACCUUCUUCAAUGAAACAGUGUCUAAUGGUACAACCGUCAUCACUGAUAGCUACAAAUCAGACUCAGUGGUCAUUUUCUGGCAAUUGUCAACAUAUGUUCAAGUACAGACAUCAUUUGGUCUGAAGAUGCAGGUUCAAAUGGCUCCCAACAUGCAACUUUAUAUAACAUUACCAGUGGAAGCAAAGGGCUCUACAAAAGGUCUGUGUGGCAACUACAAUGAUAAAAUCAUAGAUGAAUUCAUUUCAAGCUAUGGAAUUUUAGAACAUUCAGCAGAUAAUUUUGCAGAAUCCUGGGCAAUAGGACCAUGUGAAGUAAUACCACCUCCAGUUUGCAUUAGAUCAGAGAAUGAACAAUAUGGGAAAGAGAAGUGUGCUCAAAUCAGGGAUCCAAAUGGAGUUUUUGCACCAUGUCACUCACUUGUGGAAUAUAAAAAUUACGUCAAGCAAUGUGAAAUCAACACUUGCCUCUGUGAACGAGCUCAGACCUGCCUGUGUGAUGCACUAGGAAACUAUGCAAAAGCUUGUGCAGCUCAAGGUUUCAUAGUGACAGGAUGGAGAGGGGACGACUGUGUUGAAGAAUGCCCAGCAACUCAACACUUCCUACACAACGCAUUUGCCUGCAACCGCACAUGCAGGUCAUUAGCAGGAAAUGAUUAUGCCUGUGAUUUGGAAGAUGUUCCUGUUGAUGGCUGUGGCUGCUUAGAAGGGCUGUACAUGAAUGAAAAUGGAUUGUGCAUUUCAAAAGAAAAAUGCCCAUGCUACUAUGAGCAAGGCAUGGUUUAUCCAGGAUCAACAGAGAUUAAAGGACAGAACUGCAACUGCACAGAUGGUGUACUUCACUGUGAAACACCAGAAUCAUGCAGUAAAAAUGAGAUAUAUGUAACAUGUUUCAAUCCAUCAACACCUUUAAGUGUCAAAACAUGUUCCAGCCUUUCUCUACCCACAGUUGGACGUACUCAGUGUGAGAGUGGUUGCUAUUGUCAAGAAGGUUUCUAUUAUGAUCACAAUGGUGUAUGUGUUUCAGUUGAUGAUUGCUCCUGCAUUUUUGAGGACAAAAUCUAUAAUGCUGGUGAAAGUGUCGACAAUGACUGCAAUAAAUGCACUUGUAGUCAAGGAAGGUGGGAGUGUACACUGGAAGACUGCCCAGGAAAAUGUCAAGUGUAUGGAGAUGGCCACUAUCAGACCUUUGAUUUAAAAUGGUACAGCUAUGAUGGGAACUGCGAAUAUUCUCUUGUAGAGGAUUACUGUGGUAAAGACACUGGCAAUUUCCGUAUUACAGUUGAAAGUGUUCCAUGCUGUGAGGAGGCACUGACAUGUUCAAGGGCAGUGACCAUUGAACUCCAUGACACAGAAAUAGAGCUUAGUGACUCAAAACUGACUGAGAAGAGAAUUGGAUCUUGCCGUGACAAUAUGAUAGAAUAUUCUGCUCAUACUGUGGGUCUCUAUAUCAUUAUUACUACCUCCAGUGGAAUAACAUUGAUCUGGGACAAGCACACAAGAUUAACUGUUAUACUAGAUCCCAUAUGGAAAGGUCAAGUUUGUGGGCUCUGUGGAAACUUCGAUUCAGAUCCUACGAAUGACUUUGAGACAAGAGGAAAAUCUCUGGUGACAAAUGUAGUUGAAUUUGGAAACAGCUGGAAAUUUGACCCCAGCUGUGGCAACAUUGUAAACCAGUCCUUCCCCUGUGAGAAACACUGGUACUGUUCAGCAUGGGCACAGAGGAGGUGCAGCAUCAUUAAAGAUACAGUCUUUCAAUCAUGUCACAGCAAGGUGGAUCCUCAGCCUUACUAUGAUGUGUGUGUACAAGAGUCUUGUGUCUGUGAAAUGGAAGGAAGAUUUCUAGGUUUUUGCACUGCUGUUGCUGCAUAUGCUGAAGCUUGCAAUGAAGCAGAAGUCUGUAUUAAAUGGAGAACUCCAGAUCUAUGCCCUGUUUAUUGUGACUAUUACAAUGAUCCUGGGACAUGCAGCUGGCACUAUGAACCUUGUGGUACACCAGCUAUUAAGACCUGCAGUAACAAUGAAGUGGGCAACAAAUAUGCUGCCAAACUUGAAGGGUGCUAUGCAAAGUGUCCAGAUAAUAUACCAUAUCUUGAUGAGAACACAAUGACCUGUUCUACUUUGGAUAAUUGUACUUGUUUCCAUAAUGGAAUAAUUCAACCAGGAGAAACCAUAACAAAUGAAUGCAAUCAAACUUGCAUAUGUACAAAUGGAGUGUUAUCAUGUACAGACCCAUCACCUCCUAUACAGCCAAACCCGAUGCAACCAGAAAUACCACAACCACCCACAGAUCCUCAGCAAAGCCCAACACAACCAGAAACACCACAACCACCCGCAGAUCCUCAGCAAAGCCCAACACAACCAGAAACACCACAACCACCCACAGAUCCUCAGCAAAGCCCAACACAACCAGAAACACCACAACCACCCACAGAUCCUCAGCAAAGCCCAACACAACCAGAAACACCACAACCACCCACAGGUCCUCAGCAAAGCCCAACACAACCAGAAACACCACAACCACCCACAGGUCCUCAGCAAAGCCCAACACAACCAGAAACACCACAACCACCCACAGAUCCUCAGCAAAGCCCAACACAACCCGAAACACCACAACCACCCACAGGUCCUCAGCAAAGCCCAACACAACCAGAAACACCACAACCACCCACAGGUCCUCAGCAAAGCCCAACACAACCCGAAACACCACAACCACCCACAGAUCCUCAGCAAAGCCCAACACAACCCGAAACACCACAACCACCCACAGGUCCUCAGCAAAGCCCAACACAACCAGAAACACCACAACCACCCACAGAUCCUCAGCAAAGCCCAACACAACCAGAAACACCACAACCACCCACAGAUCCUCAGCAAAGCCCAACACAACCAGAAACACCACAACCACCCACAGAUCCUCAGCAAAGCCCAACACAACCAGAAACACCACAACCACCCACAGAUCCUCAGCAAAGCCCAACACAACCAGAAACACCACAACCACCCACAGAUCCUCAGCAAAGCCCAACACAACCAGAAACACCACAACCACCCACAGGUCCUCAGCAAAGCCCAACACAACCAGAAACACCACAACCACCCGCAGGUCCUCAGCAAAGCCCAACACAACCAGAAACACCACAACCACCCGCAGGUCCUCAGCAAAGCCCAACACAACCAGAAACACCACAACCACCCGCAGGUCCUCAGCAAAGCCCAACACAACCAGAAACACCACAACCACCCACAGGUCCUCAGCAAAGCCCAACACAACCAGAAACACCACAACCACCCGCAGGUCCUCAGCAAAGCCCAACACAACCAGAAACACCACAACCACCCGCAGGUCCUCAGCAAAGCCCAACACAACCAGAAACACCACAACCACCCGCAGGUCCUCAGCAAAGCCCAACACAACCAGAAACACCACAACCACCCACAGGUCCUCAGCAAAGCCCAACACAACCAGAAACACCACAACCACCCGCAGGUCCUCAGCAAAGCCCAACACAACCAGAAACACCACAACCACCCGCAGGUCCUCAGCAAAGCCCAACACAACCAGAAACACCACAACCACCCGCAGAUCCUCAGCAAAGCCCAACACAACCAGAAACACCACAACCACCCGCAGGUCCUCAGCAAAGCCCAACACAACCAGAAACACCACAACCACCCGCAGGUCCUCAGCAAAGCCCAACACAACCAGAAACACCACAACCACCAACUAUAUCACAGACAACCACAGGUCUUGCCUGUUCUGGUACAUGGACUGAUUGGGUUAACAAGAAUUCUCCAACUCUAGCAAAUGGUGGGGACCAUGAGACCACAGCCAGUCUUUGCUCUCCAGGAAGCAAAGUUGAAAACAUUCAGUGCGAGCCUGUAAACCCUAACCAGUUUAUGCAGAAUGUAAUAUGUAAUAAAGAAAGUGGUUUAAUUUGUCACAAUGACGACCAAAGUCUUAAAAACGGUAUACAAAUGUGUGCUGAUUAUCAGAUUAGAGUCUGUUGCAGUAACACAGUGCCAACAAAUACACCACCUCCAACGCCCACCAAAAUAGUUACUCCUUCACCUCCUUGUAUUUGUGAGGGCAAUCAGGAAAAUGACACUUUUGCUUGUGGGGAAACAUGGAUUGAUGGUUGCUCUAAUUAUACAUGUAUAGGACACAACUUGAUUCAAAAAAUUCCAUUUAACUGCCCUGUAAUUCCAAUGCCAAAAUGUGACAAUGGUUUGGAUCCUGAUAUAAUCUCAGAUGGCUGCUGUACAACAUAUGACUGUGGCUGCAAGUGUGAGGUGUUUGGAGAUCCUCAUUAUCUUACAUUUAGUGGAGUUCAGUAUGCCUUCUUGUCGGACUGCACUUACAUUCUAGUACAGGAAAAAAAACCAGUAUAUGGAUUCUCAGUUGCUGUGGAUAAUUAUUAUUGCAUACCAGGUCUCAAAGCAUCCUGUGCAAAAGGAAUGUUUAUAACCUACCUCAACAACAGUUUGUCACUCACUAUAACAAAUGGAAACAUUUUGUCAAUACUCAAUGGCAAUGUUGUAAAACCACCAAUUUACCAAAGUGGAAUUCAAAUGCAAACUACUACAACUGUAGUGACAGUUUACAUUGAAGAUAUUCGAACCUAUUUGUCACUUUCCAUAUACAACACAAUCAAUAUCCAAGUACCAAGACAGUUUUUUGGAGGCAAUACACAAGGGCAAUGUGGUGAAUGUGGUGGGCAUUCAUGUAUCCGCAGAGAUGGAACUCAAGAACCAGAUACUUGCUGCGACAAAACUGCUUAUGAAUGGAUAAUCAAUGAUCCUACAAAACCAUCAUGCACAUCAGCUCCUAAACAUGUCCCUUGUCAAGCUCAGAGUACUUCUAUACCCCCGACAACAGUGACAAAACAAAAAACAACUACAUUACCACCUAAAACAAGCACUAAAUCAAAACAAUCUACUAGAGCAUCACAUAAAACUACUAAGACAAUGGCAACAACAAAACAAACUACUAGAGCACCACAUAAAACAACUGUGACAACGCCAACAAUAAAACAAACUACUAGAGCACCACAUACAACAACUGUGACAAUGCCAACUACAACUCUGCCACCUCAAACAACACCAGAAGCACCCAUCAUACCAAUUUGUGACAUAUUAAAUAAUAAGAUUUUUGAUGAAUGCCGAGCUCAAGUAGACCUUACAGUUUAUGAAGAUGCCUGCAUUUUUGACCAUAAUUUGGUAAACAGCUCCCAGAUAGAUUGCUCUAGUAUUUCACGAGCUGCAGGCCGUUGUAAAGAAGUAAAUAUCUGUGUGAACUGGAGACAUCUAGCAAAUGGAUCCUGUGACAUACCAUGUGAUAAAGGAAUGGUAUUUGAUGAAUGUCAAACAAACUCUGAUGAUUACUGUCAGGGAGGCAUGCAAUACAGUGGCGGUAGCCUGGCAAUGAUGACGGCUGGGUGCUUCUGCCCAGAAGGUCUGAUGCUUGCCGACAAGUUCAAAACAGUGUGUGUUUCAGAAUGUCCCAGCUGUAAGGGUCCACUUGGAGAGCCGAAAAUGGUUGGUGACAUAUGGAUAUCCAAUUGUCACAUUUGCACUUGCAACAACCUCACCUUGACUGAAGACUGUCAACCAAUUAAGUGUCCACCAGUUCCUACUUGUUCAGAUGGUGAAAUCUUCGUGCCACAAUAUUCAUCAUCUGGUUGCUGCACAAUAGGAAACUGUGUGGAACAAACAUGUGUUACCCAAGUCUCCAACGUAACUGUACAGUACAACGGAUGCACUGGAGUCGUACAAGUGGCAGAAUGUCAAGGCCAGUGCCAGUCUGGAGCAAGCUUUUCUGCUGAUUCAGGACAAAUGACCCAAUCAUGUACCUGCUGUCUGCCAUAUGACACAGAAGAAAGAACUGUUCAAUUAAACUGUCCUGGAUCCAGUGGAUCAAACUAUAACUAUUCAUAUGUUAAUAGCUGUACAUGUUCUCCAUGUUCUAAUAAUUAAAUCAAUCUCAAAAUCUAUUUCUGCCAGGAACUGCACACUUAAACAUUUUUGACUGUCUAGUAUUUUUCUUUGUUAAAGUGUUUUCUCAUUCUUGUAUAAUGUAAACUUUAUCUGUAUACAAAAAAGGUCUAUUUUGUGUAAAAUCAGUGACAGAAAAAAAUCCAUGCUAUAGACUAGGUUUCAUGAAUUUUUAGUAGAACACCUAAAUUAAUAUAGACCUUGGAGUUUGAAAUUGAAUUUUUUAAAUGAAGGAACUUUUACCUAUUCUGUACAUACUGAAAAACUGAUAUACAUACAUACAUACAUACAUAUAUAUUUUUUAAAUGCAUUUUCGGCUUUUUUUUUAUCCUUGUCUGGUGAAUGCUGUACAAAUGAUUUGUGGGAAUAUUAAAACGUAAUAAAAAAUACUUGCAUACAA